AGAAAGGUGUUGAUGAAAAUGAAGGAAUAUUUCGCACCACCAUGAUUGAAUCAAUGGAAUCAAUGAAACGGAAAAUGGAAGAUUUAGAGUUUCAGGUGAAGAGAGCAAGGAUCUCAUUUGAAGCCUCAACAAUCUCUACACAAG